AGUAACUUCCUGUGAAGACGUAACCAUUGGUUCUUUCAUUGCGAAUUAUCGCGUGUUUUGGUGGUUGGCAUAAAAAUUUUGUGAAUGCAAAACUAAAUACAAUUGGGAGGCUUAGUACCUCAAUUGUUACCGGAAUACUGACUGUUAUAAUCAGGAAAUAAUAUGGCUCGGUACGGCCAACGUCCAGAAAACGCCCUUAAAAGGGCCAAUGAAUUCAUUGAAGUAGGAAAACCUGCUCGAGCACUUGAUACACUCUACGAGGUCUUCAAGAACAAAAAAUGGGCCUACAAUUGGAGCGAGAGUGUGCUCGAACCUAUCAUGUUCAAGUACUUGGACCUCUGUGUCGAGCUCAAGAAGUCUCAUAUUGCGAAAGAAGGAUUGUUCCAGUACAGAAACAUGUUUCAGUCGGUGAACGUAGGAUCACUGGAGAAUGUUAUACGAGGAUAUCUGAAGACAGCGGAGGACCGAACCGAGGCCGCCCGGGAGCAAAGUCAGCAAGCAGUCAUCGAUAUAGAUGACCUUGACAAUUUGGCCACUCCAGAAAGCAUCCUGUUGAGUGCUGUAAGUGGAGAGGAUGCUCAGGACCGCAGUGACCGCACCAUCCUGACUCCUUGGGUCAAGUUCCUCUGGGAGUCGUACUGUCAGUGCCUGGAACUCCUCCGGACUAAUGCACAUGUCGAGACUCUGUAUCAUGAUAUUGCUCGGAUGGCUUACCAGUUCUGUCUCAAGUAUAACCGCAAGACAGAGUUCCGCAAACUGUGUGAGAAACUGCGCAAACACUUGGAGGACAUCGCCAAGCUACCGGUGCUAGUCGCCAACGUGAGCCUGAACAAGCCGGAGACGCAGCAGUUCAACCUGGACACUCGGCUGGUACAGCUGGACUGUGCUAUACAAAUGGAGUUGUGGCAGGAAGCGUACAAAGCCACAGAGGACAUUCAUGGGCUGAUGAACCUCUCCAAGAAACCGCCUGUACCCAAGACCAUGGCUAACUAUUAUCACAAAUUGGCUAUGGUGUUUUGGAAGGCUGGCUACUACUUGUUCCAUGCAGCCGCACUCUUCAAGUUAUUUCAGCUCAGCAAGGAUAUGAAGAAGAAUAUGACUGCUGAUGAAUUACAGAGAAUGGCUUGCCGUGUUCUGUUGGCCACACUGUCUAUCCCUCUUCCGUCAGCCCACCCAGAAUUCGACAGGUUCAUAGAGACAGAUAAGAGCCCCCUGGAGAAGGCCCAGCGUUUGGCAAUACUGCUGACGCUGCCUCAACCACCCACCAGAGCAUCCUUGCUCAAGGACAUUGUACGCCUGAAUGUGGUGGGGUUAGCGUCGCCGCCAUUGCAGGAGUUGUACAACUGCCUCGAGGUGGAGUUCUCGCCGUUGACACUGUGCCGUCAGGUGACAGCGGUGUGCGACGGUCUGGUGGGCGAGGACAACCGUCAGUACGUGGCCCCGCUACAGGACGUCACACUGGUCCGCCUCAUCCGCCAAGUGUCUCAGGUCUACCAGACCAUCAAGUUCAACCGCCUUCUGGAACUGGCUCACUUCACCACUCCCUUCCACAUGGAGCGGUUGCUCGUGGAGUGUGUCCGUCACAACGACAUGCAGAUCCGGAUAGAGCAUGGCACUGGGUGUGUGCACUUCGGCACAGAUCUGUCCGAGAGUCAGAGGGAAGACCACCCCGAGGGUCCUACAUUGCAGGAAAUGCCUAGCGAGCAAGUGCGCAACCAACUCAUCAACAUGUCCAACGUGUUGUACAAGAGCAUGCAGGUCAUCAAUCCCAACCUUCACAAGGUGGAGAGAGACAGGCAACGACAGCAGAUGGUGCAGUACUACUUUGACACCAAAUUGCGGGAACAUCAGCGCAUACUUGGCCGGCACAAGAUUAUUGAGGACCGUAAGGAGUUGCUGGAGAGGAUGAACUCUGUCCGGGAGGAAGAAGAGGCACGUCGGGCAGAGGAGGCAGCAAGACAGCAGGCGUUGGCCGAGCACCGCCGACUAGAACAGGAGAGAGAGGAGAGGGAGCGCAAACGCCAGGAGAACGAGAUACAGCAGAUCAAGGACCGUCACCUCAAGGAGAAGAUGCAGCAGAUCUCCCAGACCUCGCAUGGUCAGAAAGUGCUUAAGAAGUUAGACGAAGAUGAAAUCAAGAAAAUGGACGCAGAUCAGAUUGCAGCCAAAGAGGCGGAGGAGCUGCAGAAAGAGCGCAAGGAAAUGCAGCAGAAGUUAAAGAGUCAAGAAAAGAAGGUGGAUUAUUUUGAACGUGCUAAACGAAUAGAGGAGAUACCUCUCAUGAAGAAAAGUUUUGAUGAGAAAGAGGUCUUGGACCGGAAGUUUUGGGAGCAACAAGAAGCUGAGAGGCUAGCGAUGGUGAUUGCCGAGAGGAAGCUGGCCGUGGAUCACCGCGAGAGAUUGGAGCGCAUGCAUGCCGAUCGAGAUAUCUUCUUUGAGAAGAUCAAAGCUCAGAGGAAUGCUGCUUUCCAGGAAAAGCUUCGAGAGUUUGAGGCGAAAUUGGCAGAGGAAAGAAAGAAACGCCUACUAGAACGUAAAAUCAAGAGGAAAGAGGCGAGACGAGAAGCUUGGUUGAAGGAGCGUGAAGAAGAAGCCAAACGAAAGGAGGAGGAAGAACAAAGAAAGAAGGAGGAAGAAGAAAGGCUUAAAAAAGAAGAAGAGGAAAGGUUGGAAGCAAUCCGAAAGGCUGAAGAACAAGAAAGAUACAAGAAAGAGAAAGAAGUGAGGGACAGACAGGCGGAGAUUGCUCGGCAGAGAGAGGAAGAGGCCAGUAGAAGGUUGGAGGAAAAAGAGAAGGCACUGGCAACAUCUUGGAGGAAAGAUGAAGAGAAACCAAGAGGAGGUAGAGGAGGAUAUGACAGAGAACGAUCAGACAGACGAGAUGAAGAUCCUGCUCCUUCUUCUUGGAGAAGAGGAGGAGACCCGGUCAAACCUAGUGAAUCGAAGUGGAAGUCUUCAAAAGUGGGAUUAAGCCGAGACGAUCGUAGACUUGGUGAUGAUGACAGAGACGACAGGGGUGAAAGAGGAGGUCCGCCAAUGAGAGACAGGUAUGGUGACAGAGACAGAGGUGGUCGGGACUAUGACCGGAGAGACAGAGACUAUGGCCGGGACAGAGACCAGGGCGGCUUCGACAGAGACAGAGACAGAGAUAGGGGAGGCUUUGGAAGCAGAGAUGACAGAGAUAGAGGCUUCGGUAGUCGUUAUGAUAGACCCUCAGACAGAGAUCGAGAGCGGCCCAAAGAAAGCAGCUGGAGAACCAAGGAUCCGGAACCAGAGUCAGACUCGAGACGUCCACCAAUGAGGAGAGGAAUGGAAGACCGGAUUACAGGUCGCAGUCCUGUCAGACGUGACGAGAGGAGGGGUGGAGGAGACAAGACCGAGUGGAGGACUCAGAAGAGUGAAGCUCCACCUCCAGCCAGAGCUCCUGCACAAGAGCCCAAGCCCGCACCAGCACCUGCAGCAGCUCCAGCAUCGGCAGAAGACCAGGAUGACAGUUGGCAUACAGUCGGAAGACGCUAACUCUGGAUCUGAAUCUUCCGCAAACUUGUUUUAGGCUUAGGAUUUUGAUUAAUAUUUCAGUUAGGGUGUUUGUACCAUAUUAUUAUAUUCAUUUGGUUUAUAAAAUGAAAUGGAGAACGUGGUACGAUAUAAUCAACAGCUUUUAGUUUAUAUAAAUUUCAAACAUUUUUGUGACUUGUAAAAGUUAUGUUGUUAGAUAUAUAUAUAUAUAAAACAAUAAAAUAAAAGUUACAUCAAUAUUUUUACUUUAUUUCCUUAAUUUUCAUAAUUUUCCUUUUUCAUAAUUUAGUUUUUGGUGUAUAGACUGCUGUUGAAACAUCACAAUUCUUUGUAAAGCUUAAUAUUGCAUGAUUUCAGUUCAUAAACCAGUUUAGCUUUUUAUGAUCAGGCGGUGGAAUUUGGGAUGUUUUAUAUUAAUUUAUUCUAUCUUUAUUCUUACUCCAAGGUAUAUUUAAAAUUAAAUUUAGGUUUGAAUUAUAUGGUUUAACCGUAGAUUUGUCUCUAAGUUAAAUUACUUAUUCUCUCACUAUGCGAUCAGAUACUUUUGUAAAUUGCUUAUUAAGUUGCAAUAAACCAUUCAUAUUA